AGAUGGCGCGGGUGGCGUCAGCCCCGAGAAGCGUAGGGCCGGGCCCGGCCUGGGGACUCCGAGUGGCUUCGCCCGAGCUUCGUCCUGGCUCCGCGUUGCAUUGUGGGGUGGAGGUGGUGGCGGGGGAGGCUGAGGUAGCUUUGGUCGGGGGCAGCAAGCCUAGGCGGGGCUGAAGCCAUGGCUUCCUGGGACGGUCAUUCGUCCAGCAUCGUAGAGUAUUUCGAGGGCGCAGACUUCUACUGCUGCGGCUAUUGCAAGAACCUCGAGGGUAGUCGCUCCAAUGGCAUGUGGGCACAUUCCAUGACAGUACAGGAUUAUCAGGAUCUUAUAGAUCGAGGAUGGCGAAGAAGUGGGAAAUAUGUGUACAAGCCUAUCAUGAAUGAAACAUGCUGUCCUCAAUAUACAAUAAGGUGCCGACCUUUACAGUUUCAGCCGUCGAAAUCUCACAAGAAAGUUUUAAAAAAAGUGUUGAAAUUUCUGGCUAAAGGGGAGAUUCUCAGAAGAAAUUGUGAGGAUGAGCCCAUGGAUUCCACAAUGGAAGAUGCUGUUGCAGGUGACUUUGCAUUAAUAAAUAAAUUGGAUAUAAAGUGUGAUCUUAAAAUGCUCAACAGUGAUCUCAAGGGGAGCUUAGAGAGUGAAGAGAAGAAAGAAAAUAACUCCAAGAAAGAAGAAUCUAGUGAAUUAACCUACUCACAAGCUAUAGAACAGAAGUUGGGUUCUGGUGAACCAUCGCAUUCAAUUAAAGUUCAUAUGGUUCCUAAGCCAGGCAAAGGGGCUGAUUUGAGUAAACCUCCAUGUCGAAAAGCCAAGGAAAUCCGCAAAGAAAGGAAAAUGUUAAAACUCACGCAGCAAAACCCAGCUGGAGAAUUUGAGGGUUUCCAGGCUCAAGGUCAGCCUCCAUCUUCAUUUCCACCAAAGGCUAAAUCCAACCAGCCCAAAUCACUUGAAGAUUUAAUAUUUGAAUCUUUGCCAGAGAAUGCAUCACACAAGUUGGAGGUGAGGGUGGUGAGAUCAUCUCCACCAAGUUCUCAAUUCAAAGCCACAUUUCAGGAGUCUUACCAGGUCUAUAAACGUUACCAGAUGGUUAUUCACAAGGACCCACCUGAUAAACCAACUGUGAGCCAGGUGAGGUUAGUACCUGCCUCCUUUGAGGAUCCAGUGUUCAAGUCGUCCUUCAGCCAGUCCUUUUCUUUAUAUGUCAAGUAUCAAAUGGCCAUACACCAGGAUUCACCUGAUGAAUGUGGGAAGACCCAGUUCACAAGAUUCCUUUGCAGUUCACCUUUGGAGGCAGAGAAUCCUCCUAAUGGACCUGAAUGUGGUUAUGGCUCCUUUCACCAGCAGUACUGGCUUGAUGGAAAGAUUAUUGCUGUGGGGGUGAUCGACAUCCUUCCAUACUGCGUUUCCUCUGUAUAUUUGUAUUAUGAUCCUGAUUAUUCAUUUCUCUCCUUGGGUGUCUACUCUGCAUUACGAGAAAUUGCUUUUACUAGGCAACUUCAUGAGAAAACAUCUCAGCUCAGCUAUUACUAUAUGGGUUUCUACAUUCAUUCAUGUCCCAAGAUGAAAUAUAAGGGUCAAUACAGACCUUCUGAUUUGUUGUGUCCUGAGACGUAUGUUUGGGUACCCAUUGAGCAGUGCCUUCCUUCACUUGAAAACUCCAAGUAUUGCCGUUUCAACCAGGACCCAGAAGCAGUGGAUGAAGGUCGCAGUAAGGAACCGGACCGAGUGCGGGUGUUUCACAAGAAAACCGUCAUGCCUUACGGUGUUUAUAAGAAAUACCAAAAAGACCCAAGCGAGGAGGCCACUGUGCUGCAGUACGCAAACCUGGUGGGGCAGGCAUGCUCUGAGAGGAUGCUGCUGUUUAGAAACUGAAGCAAGCGGUGCCUCCCCCUGGGGGUUUGAACCCUGUGUCUGGGGCAGAGGCUGCAGCCACCCAUGAAGUAGACUUGUCCAGUUUCACUGUCAUACAGCUUUUCUAAAAUACUUUAUGGCAAGGUAUUUGUGAGAAUCUCAUAGUUAAUAUAAAGAUUUUAAAAAUAUAUUAUGACCAAGGCCAGUAAUUGGGGUUUGUCAUUUUGGAAGUUUGUUUGUAGAGCAAAACAUGCUGAGCUUCUGUAGUUAAUAUUUUGGAAAGUAAAAUUAAGAUGUGACUCUAAGUAAUAUAAUCAUAGUCAUACUAUUAUUGCUGUUAGAGAAAUUCAAGCAGAUUUUCCUCAGAUCCAUUAAGACCAUGGUUUAUCCUGGGAAUCUUUAAAUAUAGGGAAGAAGGUGGAAAGUAUGUUUCAUCACUUAGAAAAUUUGUCUUCACUAGAGAGCAAAACUGUGAUCCUUCAAUGUUCAUUAUUAAAUUACUGCCAAAUGUUAUGUUGUGUAGUUUAAUAGAGAAUUUGAAAAAGAAAAUACAAAUACAAUAAAGAGAUCUGGUGUUUGUAUCGGGUGUCCCUUUGUCCUGGCAGUUCUGUUCAUGUCUGUCUUCUUGGUAUCAUUUUCCCUAGAAAAAUUGCUACUAAUGCUGCCAUUUACUUUCAGAAGUAUCUCAGUUUGGACAGUAUAAUGUGUAAUUACACCAGUGAUGUAUUAUUUGUUCUAUUUCUAAAAAUUUAAGAAACAAUUUAAAAGAAAAAUACUAAGUGUUGCCUUGGUCUGAGCCCCAUCUAAAAGAAAGAGGCACUAAGAGAGAGGGAGGGAGGGAGGGAGAAAAGAAAGAAAGGGGCACUAAUUUUUCAUUCCUUAAAACUCAGGACACUUGUCUUUUGUUACUGAUAAAAACAAGUUAAUAUCUAACUGCUUUUGUAGCUGUGCCACAAAUCACAUUUCAGUCAGUAGGAGUCAUUCUGACCCAGGGCAAGAUGAAAAGUCAGAGAAUAGGUGCUAUCCUUGGUAACAUGAAGCAGAGCCAAGCCCCGCUUUCCCUCUCUCUUUGUGGAGCCUUCAUCUGCUAAAGAGGCCUGUGGGCCCUGGGCUAGGUGUAAGUUUAGAACCAGACAUAUCAGCACUUGCUUACAGUCAGGUAGUGUUGGAAACAGGAUAAAGAACAGGGGAGGAGGGCUAUUUUCUUGUACUGUCUUACUUGGUCCUUUCUGCUGCCACCUACUUGGCCAUUUACUCCACUGUAGUCCCCAUUGUACCCAUUCUUAUGUUUUCUGUUGAUUGAUCUUUUUUAGAAACCAUAUUUUAAAACUACUGAAUUUAAACUUUUUUCCAAAAGGCACUGAAUUUCAAUGGAACAUUUAACAGUAACCAUCCCUUUGUUAGAAUACAUCAAAGGAUCAUAAAAUGAAGAUUUAAAAAAUGAAGUGUCUGUACAUUCAGCUGUGCAGAUUCAUUCCAUGGCAGAAAGAGACAUCUACCAUGUGCCAGAAACUUUAGUUAAUGGGGAUAGAAGACUGAAGAAAAACAUUUUCUCUUAUUACAAAGAUUCUGUUUUCGAGAUUUUGACCCAUAAAGUAGUCUCUGAAGAGCAUUUAAGAGACUAACUUGGAACUAGCUCCAGCAUCUGUAGAACUUUCUUUCCCCCCCAAAAUGAACGUGGUUUCAUUUUAUGAUUUUUGUAUGUAAAAAUAAUACUCACUGUAAACAGUUAAAGCUAAGAAGUAAAAGUAAUUUGAAAUCAUACCAUACCCAGCGAAAUAAAAAGAACUAUUAAUGGCACCCCUCACAACUUUAAUACAAAUAAAUUUAUGCUAUAUUUUCUGUUUUGUUUUCCAUAAUAAGUUAUGGAUACAUCUGAAAUUUGACAGAAAUUUUAAAAUAAGAUUGCAAAGAGAGUGGUAAAUACUCUUAGUGUUAUUAAAAUAAUUCUAGGAUAGGGUCCGUGCUUGGCAUCUUUGACAUUGGGUGUCUGGGUUGCUGUCGAUUGCAUUUCAUUUGUCUCUCAUCUUUGUGAUUAACAUUUAGAUGCGUAUUCAUAAAGAUGGAGAGAAAACUUGAAUCUAGCGUCUUAGCAGAACUCUAGUUUCUUCAGAAUUCAGUUUUGGAUUCCUUCAGAGGAAAAUGAUCAUCUUGUCAGUGCACUGAGGUGCUGUCCGUGGGUUGGCUUCCUAGAUUGGCUCCACCAAAGCCUCACAGUGACUUGGGCAUGGAAAUUCUUCCACUCAGUUGCUAUAUUCAUAUGAAAGUUUCUUUGAAACUAGUCGAUCUUAGUAGUCCAGGUGUCUCUAGAGUUCCUUAUUCUCUCAAGCCCUCACUAAACGAAUGCUGGUGGUGGCCAGAGAAGGACAUUCACCAGAAGUGGCCCAGCUUUGUCAGUUGAUGCGCAGUCUGAGACCCAGGAUUUCAUAGUAAUGGCUUUUAUCUAAAGGAAAACGCAUGAGAACCUUACAAAGACAGUUUAUAUCUUUUCAAUGCAGGAAGCCUUGCAUUUGCAAACUUAGUGUUUUAUUUUCCUUCUGAUUUGAAUAAAUUCAAACCUGCCUCCAUGCCUUGGGAGCAAAGAUGUAAUCUUGAUCCCCCAGGCUGUCAUCUUUACUUAAAUUAUUUCAGUUCUCUGAGGUCUUAGUUAUUUUUGUUAGGUGUAAUAUGAGCACUUUUUUAUAUUCUAAAAGAGAGGCUAUUGCCAGAUGAAUAUAUUAUUCAUUUGAUUGAAAUUAUUUAGAUAAGAAAUUAUUACUGUUUUCUUUCAAACAGCAUAUCCUAUUUUUCAUCCACUUUGCAAAUGCUAGUUUUGUGUGAUUUCUUAACAUAUCAGAAUCUUACUGUGUAAAAGAAACUUUCCAGAUUUUUGAGUACUACAUGAUUUGAAUUUUAUAGACUGUGUUAUUUCAGUAUAAAUAAAGGUG